CUGAAGACUAAGGCAGAGGCUCGCGCCUCGACUGCCACUGUUCAGGCAUGGACGAUAGAGUUGCCAUCCAGAGCUGCUAACACCGUCCUGGGUCUCAUCAAGGACAACGUUCCCGACCUCGAUGCUAUCGACUUGCAGCACAUCCGUCGCUUUGCAAAGGCCCGCUUCCUGCCUACCCACCUCAUCCCCGAGACCACCGCCGUCAGCCGCAGCAGAAGUGGCAGCGAACAUCACGCCGAUGGCUCCUCUCGUGGCUCGUCUCGCUCACGCUCAUCGCGCAACAAACGUCGGGGUAGUGUCCCGGCCACGCUGCACCUGAUCGUUAGUCCCGUCAGCUGCAUUGGCGAAGAUGCCCUUACCGAACUCCUUCUUGCCAACCCUCCUUUCGUCGACGACGGCUUUCCUCUCCUCCUCAGAGAGGUCACUCUUCCUCUACUGCCCCCCACCAGUGCUGAGCAAGCCGAGCAGUGGUCUCAGCAGUACUGGCCAACCAUCUACCGCAAGACCAACCCCUUCGGCCCUCACCCUAGCAUCAUCGGCCGCGCCGAAGAGGAGGUUCUGUCUAACAACAACGUGCCCCGCCUCAUGGAGAUGGCCAAGAAAGUUGCUGGAGAGACAAAGGCAAAGUGCUGCGGCGCUGGCGUCGGAUGCGUCAUCAUCGAGAGACCUACCGGAAAGCCCAUCGAAGUCAUUGCCGUUGCCGGAGACGGCCGCUAUCAAGACCUUGACGAAGUUGCUGGUCAACAGAACCCUAUGGCCCAUGCUGUUAUGCGAGCCAUAGGCAUGGUCGCACGCAAACGUGUCCGCAGUGCUACUCGCGAUCCCUCGAAGCUUAACCCUGACAUGGCUGCCCUGGAUAUCAACAAGCCUUCUCACAAGCCCGCUCCCGGUGCUCCCCAAUUCGUUGAUAAGACUCUGCUUGACUACCCUCUGACGCCCAUGGAACGCAAGGCCUUUAACAAGGACAACCUCAUCCCUGACGGCUACCUCUGCGUCGAUCUUGAGAUUUACCUCACUCAUGAGCCCUGCGUCAUGUGCACUAUGGCCAUCUUGCACUCGCGCUUCGCUCGCUGUGUUUUUGGCAUCCGCAUGCCCAAGACUGGCGCUUUGACAGCUGAUGGAGGCGGUCUCGGCUAUGGACUGUUCUGGCGUCCCGAGCUCAACUGGAAGUUCUUGUGCUGGGAGUGG